UGAAUUUAGUGUGGAUUGUGUACCGAUAUGUAAAUUUAUUACUCGUAAAUAGAUGUAACAAAACACAAUUAUUGUUUUGAAAUACAAAGUACAUAACAGAUACAUAAUCUAGAAGUAAUUAGGGUAUUAGGAAGAUAACAAGGUAAUUAAUAAACAAAAACGUCAACUUUACUGUGACUUUACUAAUUUUGAUUGUUUUAUUUCAAAAGAUUAUUAUUAAUUAGUGCUGCCCUCUACAUAGUUUGGACGGCUCCCAAAUAAGUUAUUGUAUUUACACUAGGUGACACUACAUAUUGGUUUAGAAACAUUAAUUUAAAAUAAAUUUCAAUAAAAUAUCCAUAAAAAUGUCUUUUAUUUAUUUAUUAUUUAUUAGUGAACUAAAAAUUUCUCGGUGGCUGGAAGCCUUUUAUGAACAAAAUUCGAAUUUGACAACCCUUCCCGGAAACGCUGUUUUGGCAGAUGUUAAUGGAGAUGGGAACUACAAUUUGGUAAUAACGGAUAUUAAACUGGAGAAGAACAGGAGUCGAAUGCGAGUGUAUAAAGGGACUUCGUCAAUUGAUAUUGCAUUACCAGAUGUUCCGAGUUGCGUAAUUUCCUUUUAUACAGAUGAGUUAGAGCCUAGAAUACCAGCUGUUGCAGUUGCUUGUGGUUGCAGUUUGUUUAUUCAUAAAAACAAUAAGCCAUUCUUCAAAUUUCAAUUACCUAGUUAUCCAGCAGUGCCACAGGAAACCGAUGCUUGGAAAAAACUCUUUGAAGCAAAAGCAGACUCGUCAGAAAAGCCGAUAGAAGACUUAUUAAAGGAUUUAUCUAAUGUUCCGUUUAACUCCCUAUCAAAUAAGUCUCAGGAACUUUUAACGACAAGCAAAUCUAGAAUUCCAGAUAUUAUUAAAAAAUCAAAGCUAAGUGAUAUAGUGAUAAACUAUCCUAUUACUUGUAUGAGUAGUUUGAAGAGGAAUUCAAAUGAUAAGUAUGAAGUUUCUUGUCCAGUUUUAGCCAAUGAAGCUGGAAAUGUAUAUAUUUUAGAUCCUCAAACUUUUACAAUACUUCAUCAGGCUAAUGCAGAUAGAUUAAAGGUAACUCCAGUUUCCAUUAAAACAACAGGAACGUUAGCAGUAGAUUUCAGAAUAAUUGUAGCCUGCAGAGAAGGCCAUUUAUGUGUAUUAAGAAGGAACUGGUUAGAAGGCAAAAAUAUCAUUCAAAUGAAUACCAAUAUAGUUGAUUUUAUUAUAACCCCAGAAGACAACUUCAUCGUGGUGGCUACUACCGACAAAAUGCUUAAUUGUUUUACGAAAAGAGGACAAAGGCUUUGGACAUUAAAGCUACCUCAAAUCAUCACCUGCCUAUGUUUGGUUCAGAUUGAACAUAUCCGUGUCAACUUAUUUGGCGUUGGGUUAGAUUCCGGGUUAAUCCAAUUGUAUCAAGGACGUAAACUAAUUGAUCAAACUAAUGUUUCUGACGCACCAUCUGUGAUACUGUUUGGUCCCCUUGGACAAGAGGAGCAUGCCCUUUCCAUUGUUACAAAAGCUGGAACCGUUAUCUUUAGAAUUUUGAAAAGAACAGCUGAUUUUACUGUCAGCAGUUCCGAAAACGUACCACAGUUUCAGAGUAAGCCACUACCAUUACCGAAGAGAAGUAAGUUAUUUUUAGAGCAUAGCAUGAGGGAACGAGAGGCAGCUCUAGAGAUUCAUCAAAGCUUUCAAAAGGAUCUGUUGAAAUUGAGGCUAGAUGUAGCUAAGUCACUUCUACAGUAUAAAUCAAAUGAAAACGAAAUAGCAAAUUUUAAGGGACAACUAAAAUUAUCUGCCCAGGUUCGAGGUAUAGGAACUAAAUUUACUGUCAUAUUUACUCUUGAAAAUUUGGAAUCCAAUAAGCCUAUAAGUGGUAUUAGUAUGAUACUUCACACAAAGCCCGACUAUUACAUUUGUUCAACAAAUAGAAUACUGAUUCCUCUUUUGUUGCCGGUAUCUUCAUAUAAAGCAAGGGUUGGAAUCCAAGAAGUUAUCAACGAAGGUCAAGUUCCUUCAAAAAUUGGUGAAAUGUGCGUCAUCCGAGUUUUUAUAAUGAAUGAAAAUAAAACCCAAACCCAACCGUUGUUAACUGCAACUGUUGCUAUACCUUAUACUGACAGCUCACUUGUGUGAAGACGAUAGAAGCAUAAACUUAAGUCAGAUUUAACAAAAAGGUGUUACUUAGUGUAUUGUUUUGUUUUAUUAAUGUAAAAAUUAGCACCGAUAUUUAUUAAAAAUUAAUACCUUAAUUAA